AUGUGUAUUGACUAUAGGAGAUUGAAUGAAGCCACAGUCAAGAACAGUUUUCCUAUUCCUUUAAUAGAGGAAUUGUUAGAUGAGUUGGGAGGGGCCUCAAUUUUCUCUAAGCUGGAUCUAAGCAAGGAUUUGGAACAACAUCUUAUUCAUCUUAGAGAGGUUUUGGAACUGCUGAGAGCUAAUCAGUUGUAUGCUAAGAAAAGCAAAUGUUCUUUUGGUGGGAUUUUAGUAGAGUAUUUGGGGUAUAUCAUUUCUAAUGAAGGGGUAUCAACAGAUCCUAAGAAGAUAACAACUAUACAGGAAUGGCCUACUCCUAACAACAUUAAACAACUAAGAGGGUUUUUAGGAUUAUCUGGGUACUAUAGAAGGUUUAUUAAAUCUUAUCGGAUCUUAGCCAAGCCUUUGACAAAUCUGUUGAAAAAAGAUAGUUUCUUGUGGGAUGAAGAGGCUCAGAAAGCUUUUGUACUUUUGAAGGAAGCUUUAUGCUCCCCACCAGUUUUGGCAUUACCAGAUUAUAUAAAGCCUUUUAUUCUGGAGACAAAUGCAUCUUCAAAGGGAAUAGGUGCAAUGUUGAUGCAAAAUUCCCAUCCUUUAGCCUUUAUUAGUAGGGCUUUGUCACCAAGACAACAGGCCCUCUCUGUCUAUGAAAAAGAAUUAUUGGCCAUCAUUUUUGCUGUUAAGCAUUGGUAA